CGCGCCUCCAUGACCAUGACCUCGGUUUCUCCGUCUCACUAGUCGACCCUGCUCAUCUCGCCAUCUUCCUGUGCUCGUUCCUAGGGGCGCUAAGUAUUGCACGAGAGUGUGGACUUCAAAGUUGUCCGGAGCCCCAAGGUUGUCGAGUUCGAAGUGUUCCCGGUUUAAUCAUGUAUAUCAAGACCCUCACGAUCCAGGGCUUCAAGUCAUACCGUGAUCAGACUCAAAUCGAACCUUUCUCCCCGAGGCACAACGUAGUGGUUGGGAGGAAUGGCUCCGGAAAGAGCAACUUCUUCGCAGCCAUCCGCUUUGUACUGUCCGAUGCUUACACUUCCAUGUCGCGCGAAGAGCGACAGUCUCUCUUGCACGAGGGAGUGUCUGUUACCACUACUUUGUCCGCAUAUGUGGAGAUUGUCUUUGAUAACUCGGACAACCGCUUCCCUACGGGCCGUGAUGAGGUCAUUCUCCGCCGUACCAUCGGCUUGAAGAAGGACGAAUACAGUCUGGACAAGAAAAGUGCAAGCAAAGCGGAUGUUAUGAAUCUUCUUGAAAGCGCAGGUUUCAGCAAGAGCAAUCCAUACUACAUCGUGCCACAGGGCAGGAUCACAGCCCUCACAAAUGCCAAAGAUCAUGAGCGCUUGGCAUUGCUGAAAGAGGUGGCAGGUACUAAAGUGUACGAGCAACGGCGCGCCGAAUCACUGCGUAUCAUGUCAGAAACAGAUGCGAAGCGCACCAAGAUCAAUGAACUGCUCGACUACAUUGACUCAAGACUCGCGGAGCUCGAAGAAGAGAAAGAAGAGCUCAAGGAAUUCCAGAAGAAAGACAAGGAACGACGGUGUCUGGAAUACGCUUUGUACCAGCGCGAAUUGGAGGAGGUGACCGAAGCUCUAGAAGAGAUCGAGGAAGAACGCAGAGGAGAGGUGCACAGCGCCAAUGUACGGCGUGAGGAGUACAACGACCGAGAGAAAAAGGCUCAGGAUCUCGAACAAUCAAUAUCUCGUACUAAAAAUAGCCUGACCACUCUCUCAUUGACACGGCAAGGUACCCAAUCUGAGUUGACGGAUCUUGUCCGCGCCAGAACAGAACUUGAAUGUACGCUUGCGGACCUCCGCCUUGCCGCUGAACGCGCAGGAGGAAAACGGGGAGAGUUCGAAGAGGAGCUUGUCAGUAUCGAGGCUCAGAUCCAAAAAAAGGAUGCGGCGCUGGCAAAGCUACUACCCGAUUGGGAGACCUACCGAGCGCAAGAAAACGAGGAAAAGCAUCGUUUGGACGAGGUCAAUGCGCAACUCGAGGCCUUGUAUUCGAAGCGUGGGCGUCUCAACCGAUAUAGAACGAAAGCGGAGCGCGACCAGUUUCUCAGACGAGAGGUCGCGUCAAUCGAUUCCUAUCGUACAUCGCAGGCCUCGGCGAUGGAGGAUGCUCAAGCGCAAAUUCAGAGCGCUAAGGAGUCCUUGGAAGAAGUUGAGACCAGAAUGGAGAACGCUCGCGAGAGGAUUGAAGCAGAACGUCAGCGCGCGAAGGAAGUAGCCGAGCAGGCUGCCCUUUUGAAGGACAAUGAAGCCGACCUGAUCGAGAAGCGAAAGAGUCUAUGGAGGGAGGAUACGAAGCUGGACAGUUUGGUAGCUCAUGCUGCUGAUGAGCUGAGGUCGGCUGAACGAGCGUUGGCCAGCAUGAUGGAUAAGGACACCGGCAGUGGACUGCGUGCCAUUGACAAGAUCGCCGAGCGAUACAACAUAGACGGUGUCUACGGACCGCUGUAUAGGCUUUUCGAGGUUACAGAUGAGAAGUUCAACACCGCUGUGGAAUUGACAGCCGGAAACAGUUUGUUCCAUGUGGUUGUCGACACGGAUCAAACAGCCUCAAAGGUCCUAGAUAUCAUGAUGAAAGAAAAGACGGGUAGAGUAACAUUCAUGCCACUGAAUCGUCUCAAGCCCAAGGUGCCUCCCAAACCUAAUGCUCAGGAUGCCAUCCCGCUGCUAGAGAAGCUCCGCUUCGACAACGCUCAUGUCAAGGCGUUCGAGCAAGUCUUCGGCAAGACAUGCGUCUGCAGAGACCUCACCAUCGCGACUGCCUAUGUGAAGAGCCACGGGAUCAAUACGAUUACGCUUGAUGGCGAUAAAGUGGAUCGCAAGGGCGCUCUCACAGGAGGAUACCAUGAUGUGCGACGGUCGCGCAUUGAAGCUAUCAAGAACGUCACGAACUGGAAGGCCAAGCACUCCACGGAUGACCAGAGAUUGCAGGAAGUCAAAAAGGCCAUCCUGACGACGGAGCAAGAAAUCACCAGAGUAGCUGGCAAACUGCAGAUUCUAGCGAACCAGCAGAGCCAGUCACGGAAUACGCGUGAAACGCUCACCGAGGAGAUAUCCGCACUCGGCCGAGAGAAGGAAAGACUGACAGAACGCAUUGCAAAGCUGGAGAACGACAUCGGGGACUUGGAGUCGGAGUUAAGCAGUCUUGACGCGAGGUUCCAGAGCUUGCAAGUUGAGCUCGCUAGUCCCAUGGCACGUGGCCUGACUGCGCAGGAAGAGGCGCAGAUCGAGGAACUAGGCAAGGAGAUUGAGCAGCGGCGUAGAAAGCUAGUGGAUCUGGGCAAGAAGAAGAACGAGGUUGGCAGUCGCAAAAAUAUGCUUGAGAUCGAACUCAACGAGAGUUUGCGACGGCGUAGAGAAGAGCUGCACGAAAAGAUUGACUCUUUGGGCACCGCGGAGGUUGGAGAUGCUUCCUCCGAGGAGACAUUGGAGGCACGCAGCCGCGAUCUUCGGUCACUGAAUGCGAACAUCAGCAGCUUGACAAAGAAGUUGCAAGACAUGGAGAAAGAGGCCGAGAAGCUCAAUGCGCAGCUGCAGGAACAGCGUACAUCUCUGGAGAACCUGCAGAACCAACAGACUGAAGACGGCCGUGGAAUCUCCAAACAACAGAAGAACACGGAACGGUACUUGGCCAAGAAGCAGAUGCUCCUCAACCGCAAGGACGAGUGUAAUCGCAACAUCCGUGAUCUAGGUGUCCUCCCUGAGGAGGCGUUCGAGAAGUACACGAACGAGAAGCUCGACAGGUUGAUGAAGAAGCUGCAUACGGUGAACGAAGGUCUCAAGAAGUUCGCACAUGUCAAUAAGAAGGCGUUCGAGCAGUACAACAAUUUCACGAAGCAGCGCGACCAGCUGCUUGCGCGACGCGAGGAGCUCGACAAGUCGGCCGAGUCGAUCGAGGAACUCGUGCAGGUGCUCGAUCAGCGCAAGGAUGAGGCGAUUGAGCGCACGUUCAAGCAGGUGGCACGCAAUUUUGAGGAGGUGUUCGAGAAGCUCGUGCCCGCGGGAAAGGGCCGGCUCAUCAUCCAGCGGAGGAUCGAUCAGAAUGAGGAAGACGCGGAGGAUGCCGAAGAUACCCAACAGAGCUCAAUCGACAACUAUACCGGGGUGUCAAUCAGAGUGUCGUUUAAUUCGAAGGUCGACGAGGGACUGCGUAUCCAGCAGCUGUCUGGUGGGCAAAAAUCGCUCGUUGCCCUCGCAACAGUCUUCGCGAUCCAGAAGUGUGAUCCGGCACCAUUCUAUUUGUUUGAUGAGAUUGACGCGAACCUGGAUGCGCAGUACCGGACGGCCGUCGCAUCAAUGAUCCACGAGCUCGCUGCGACAGCGCAGUUCAUCACGACGACGUUCCGCCCCGAAAUGCUCGUCACGGCGGACAAAUUUUAUGGCGUGCUGUUCGACAACCAGAAGGUGAGCUCCAUCCGGAGCAUCAGGCGCGAGGAGGCAAUGGAGUUUGUAGACCAGGAGGCGCAAGCUCAGUGAGGCAAGGAAUGCCGGGACGUGUACGUUUUUCAUCACGCUAUGUAUUAAUUGUUGCCUCUUUCUGGCCUGCUGUGUUCUUGAUCUGUAUGAGUAGAAUCGAUCGGGGUAUCCUUAUUGUCAUCCCUUCUAUACGAU